UUUUUUCUCUAUAGAAAAAAAUAACCAGAAUGAACAAAUUUGAUAAACUUAUUUUUAUAACCUAUGAAAAGUUAUACAUAAUUCAAGAUAAAAAUUUAUUAUUAAAAUCGAUCCUAUGGAGAACAAAAAACGAAGAUACCAUUACAAAAGUUAUGUAAAUAGUAAAAGAACCAAACAGUUAUCGUUAGAAAAAGGAUUGGUUGGAUUUUUAUGUACAUGUAAUUUUAAAGAAAAAGAAUGUGUUAAGGAUGCAUAUAAAAUUUUAGAAAAAUUUUACGAUGAAUCUAUUAAAACUUCUAAUGACGAAAAUAAGAAACAAACCAAAAAAACUGAUCUACUGAAAAAAGAAAGUAAUGAUAUUUCUGACCAACUAAAAAAUGAAAUUGAUGCACUCCAUAAGGGAACUGAAAAAUCUGUUGUAAAUAAAAUAUUUCAGCACAUUGACACCGGUGUAAAAAAUGUUAUUUUUAUCAAGUCAACUAUUCCUGAUCCAUUGAAGCUAACAUUAACAAUAAUAAAAACAAUAACUGAAACCAAUACACCAAUAAGUAGAUUUUUAUUGAGAUUCCUUCCAAUACAAACUAUUUGUAGAGCAAAUAUUGAUGAGAUUAAAUCAGAAGCAAACUUAUUGUUUGAAAAACAUUUUGUGCAAACGCCUGUCACAUUUGCUAUAGUUUUCAACCGCCAUUAUAACAACACUAUUCAGCGUCAAGCAGUAAUUGAAGCUUUAGCAUCAAUAAUAACAUCAAAAAAUCCAGGCAAUAAAGCUGAUUUGAAAAAUCCCGAUAUUGCUGUAGUUGUAGAAAUAAUAAAAAAUUCUUGUCUUCUGUCAAUCGCACCAGAAUACUAUAAAUAUAAAAAAUAUAAUCUACUUGAGCUUUGUAAUAAAAAAGAUUUAACAACAAAUGAAAAUGUUGAAUAAAAAAAACUAUCAAAAACAAAAUUUUCAUUUGUAUCAACUUGAAUGUUUUACUUAGAGACACUCUUUCGGAUUUAUGUUUAUAAUAAUGCACUAAAUA